AUGGACUCUACGGACUAUAUUCAGGGGGCCUCCUCGCAUCCAGGCAUGGCGAAGGACGAUAUUAUCGAAGUCGAGACGCUGGCCACCCGGACAGAGACGAGGGAGCAGCCGUCGUUCAAGGUGUAUAAGAGACGCUUCUUCGGCCUGGCGCAGCUGGUCUUGCUGAAUAUCAUCGUCAGCUGGGAUUGGCUCACCUUCUCAGCCGUGUCGAAGACGGCCUCAGAGUACUUCCGCGUCAGCGAGGGAGCCAUCAACUGGAUGAGCACUGCCUUUCUCUUUGCUUUCUGCGUUGCGAGCCCGAUCGUGAUAUGGACGCUCAACAAGGGCGGCCCUAGAUCCUCCAUCAUCACCGCGUCCGUCCUGCUGCUGGUGGGCAACUGGAUUCGAUAUGCGGGAACCCGUGCGGGUAAUGGCAUCUUCGGCGUCGCGAUGCUGGGCCAGAUUCUUAUCGGGCUCGCACAGCCGUUUGUCCUGACGGCCCCGACAAGAUACAGUGACAUCUGGUUCACCGACCAUGGCCGGACAAGCGCAACUGCAGUCGCCAGUCUCGCGAACCCCUUGGGCGGAGCGUUGGGACAGCUGAUCGGGCCCUUGCUGGCCACGGAUCCAGGGCAGAUUCCAAAUCUCGUCCUCUACGUCUCCAUCAUUUCUUCCGUGGCAUGCGUGCCAUCAUUCUUCGUGCCGGGCCGCCCCCCAACACCCCCCAGCGUGGCCUCGGAGACAGUAAAGCCACCGCUGCUGGCCAGUCUCCGCCAGCUAUCCCGCCGCACUGAGUUCUGGCUCAUCUUCUUCCCCUUCAGCGUCUACGUCGGCCUCUUCAACAGCAUCUCCUCGCUGCUAAACCAAAUCCUCUAUCCACACGGCUACUCCGAGACCGUAGCAGGCAUCACCGGCGCUCUCCUGAUCGUUGUCGGCUUAGUCUCCGCAGCAAUCAUGUCCCCCAUCGUCGACAGACUAAAACACUACCUGGGGACCAUGAAGAUCCUCAUCCCCAUCCUCGCAGUAGCCUACAUCGCCUUCAUAUUCGCACCUAGCUCGGGGCACGUUGCGGGACCCUACGUGCUAGCCGCGUUACUCGGUGCAGCCAGCUUCUGCAUCUUACCGGUGGCACUCGAGUAUAUGGUUGAAAUCACCUAUCCCAUGUCCCCCGAGAUACCGAGCACGCUAUGCUGGACGGGAGGCCAGAUCUUCGGAGCAGCGUUUAUCCUGAUUGAGACUGCGCUCAAGGCUGGACCAGAAGACGACCCGCCCUUCCAUAUGAAACGGGCUCUCAUUUUCCAGGCUGUGGUUGCUACCGUCGUGGUGCCGCUGCCGCUAUGCGUUGGUCUGUUUGGUACGGACGGACGCAAACGCAGACUUGAAGCUGAAUGUCAGCGCGUUGGCAGCCUGGAGGAGCCCAUCGUGAGUGCAUAA